CGUAUACACAGGAUAAGUCUAUCAUCACAUCACAAUUACACUCUAACUGACAACUGCGUCUAGGUGCGAUUCUUAUCUGGAGCCCAUUGGCAUAGCCAUACAUAUACAGUACUGUGUCGCUAUAUAAUAAAAACGUAUACAGCGUCACAAAUGCGCAAAGUACGACGCUGGAGAUGAUCAGAAACGGACUGCUGCCGGGACCCUUCCGGUUUCUGCCUGUUGUGCGGUCGAUAGUAGCCCAAGGAGACGAAACCACAGGCGAAGACACACAAACCACACAAGACACACACAACACAGAUGUUCCGCUUAUACCCUCCAGCGACGUUAGUAAGUCGAUCGAUAUAAUAGGGGAAGUGGGGGAUGCAGGUGCAACGGAGGACAGCAGAGACGGAAGUAGUACGUCUCUCCGAGAUGCACCCGAGGUCGACACUGGGGCUAUACAUACGCCUAGUCAGAAUAGUGCGGAGGUGAUGUGGCCCGAACUCGCAGACACCGACCACACUAACAAUAACCUUAACGAGUCUAUAUUUGUUGUGGAGGAUGAGAGUGGUGUGUACACCGAGGGCAGAAAUAGUGAACUAGAGCGCACCAGCCAACCGCGUCGGAGUGCACCCGCACGCAUACCAACCGACAAGAGAAACUAUGUGUAUCACACAGACAGCACAGGCAUAGACGAUGUAGAAACAGACCUGCUGACAAAGAAACAUACGACCCUGAAUUCAAUCGCAUUGCCUCACCCACACACCCACACACCCACCCACACACACGCGCGCACAUCCCCCCGCGCGGUUCCUCGAGGAAGUGUUGAUCGAUUGGAUUUCGAGCACAGGGACGAUGAUUUGAAUAACAGAGGAGGUCUCCUCGGUGGUGCCAGG